GUUUAAAUCCUUCAAUCUAUUAUCUCAUUGGCUCAACUCUGCAUGUUUUCCUCGGCGACCUAUCGAAAACAUCAUUCUUGUUAACCACCAUCUGCGCCAGUCCCUCGAGAGACCCAAGAACCGACAAAUUGCAAUCAUGGACCUGCCCGCCUCAACCAUUCACCUGCGCAACGCCCUGUCGUCGGUCUCAGGAGGGCCCAGGCGCACCUACAUCAUCUACUUCGUCACCGGCAACCCGGGACUCAUAGAAUACUACCGCCCCUUUCUCACCCAUCUGUUUGGCCUUCUCCACUCUUCCCCUUCGCCUUCUUCCCCGGCCAUCGACUAUGAGAUAUAUGGGCGCAGCCUAUGGGGUUUCGAAAUCGAGAGAGGCCCACGGAAGAAAGAGGCCGAGGCCGAAAAUGACUACUCCCUCUCGGGCGUCACCAGCACCGGGGGGAAGCCACCGUAUACUGUCAGGGAGCAGGUUGAGCUGUCCAAAGCUGCGCUGAAACGUGUCGUUGCAGCAGCGAGGGCUAGUGGAAAUCCCGAUGUACGCGUCAUCCUCAUGGGUCACAGUAUGGGCACAUACAUUUCCCUCGAGGUUAUGCGGCGAUUGAGGGCAGAGGCCGAGGCACAGAUAGAUGCAAAGAACGACAGUAUCAGAGUUGCCGGCGCUGCAUUGCUGUUCGCGACUAUCAUGCAUCUUGCAAAGAGCUCGAGCGGGCGGAAGAUGAGUCCUUUCCUUGCCCUUCCACACUUUGCCUUGGUUGUCUCUUUCGUUGCCCGGAUUCUCACAGUCUUUGUACCAACCACCUUCCUGGCCAUGAUUAUCCAGCGCAUCGUAGGCUUUCCUCCCGCGCCUGCCCGAGUGACUGCCGAAUUUGUCAAGAGCCGCCGUGGUGUGGAGCAGGCCUUGUUCAUGGCCAACGAUGAGAUGAAGGAGAUUACCAUCGACAAAUGGGACGCAGACAUUUGGGGAGCCGCACACGCUUCACCGCACCCACACCCGCGACCAACACUUCGUUUCCUAUUCGCAAAGUCAGAUCACUGGGUCGCGGAUGAGACACGCGAAGAACUGAUCAGACUGCGCGGAUCCCAAAGGAAUGGGAGCCCAGAUUGGCUGCCUCGAAUGGAGGUAGACGAGUCUGAAGGGUGGCCUCAUGGGUUCUGCAUCCGGCAUAGCAUACCUGUUGCUGAGAGGGUCUGCAGCUACGUACGUGACAUUGUCGAGCGCGACCUAGGAGCGUCAUGAAGCAACAAUCGCCGAGAUGGUUCCACUCAUGAGCCUGUGGCCUCGUAAUCUUGCUUCGCUUUGGUGAAUAGUUGGGCCAAGACAUCGUUGGUGGCAGGUCCGCCUUCCUGGGCGUAUUGGCUGG